UUAUGAGGGCUGACCUGAAAUGCUGGAUCUAUAUCGAAUUACAUCGGACAUGUAUAUCUGAACAUGCUGUUUUGUUUUUUUUUUAACGCAUAUGGACAGGCUGUGUCGUGAGACUUGGCACAGCUCAAUGCAUGUGAACACAAGUCACAAAUUGUCUUAAAGCACACCUCUGAUGUUUCACACAGCUUGGUAAUGGAGGAGAAUGUCAGUCAAUAACCAGAUCUCUGAUCAUUUAUAUCAGUGUUUCUCAAAGUUGGGUCUGUGAUGCAUAAACCCCUGAAUCUGUGUUUUGUUUGUUUGUUUUUUUUUAAUUUCCAUACAGUGGUAGAAAUCAUAACUCACCAUUAUCAAAGUGGUUAUUAUUAUUAUUAUUAUUUUUUUAAAUUAUUAUUACUAUAAUUGCUCCCUCUAAUUGAAUGGGUUUGAUCCAGACAUCUAUAGCUCAAAAGCUAGUAACCUAUAAAUAAUGUUUACUUAGACAUGAUGUGUUCUGUCAGUGAAAUGUUCAGGAACAGAAAGCUCUAAUAAUGAUUUAAAACAAUCUUCAGGAAAUACAUCUUUACCGAGGGGGUCAUGGAAUUUAUUUUACAGUCAAUGGGGCUACAAAAUAUUUGAGAACCCCUAAUUUACUUCAUAUUAAUCAUUAAUGGACUUUACAACUAUCACCGAUCGCUUGAGGAUGUCGUAGGGGCAAUAAAAUGCAUGAGAAUAACUUUAUUUAAGAUUAAGAUGAAUCAUCCUCAAGAGUUUAUCAGAUCAUAACUACUCUCCUUAGGUCCAUUAAUAUAUUAUGCUAGUAAACUGUCAUGAGACCACUUUGGUACCUCUUUUUUGAAAGACGACAGUGAAAAGGAUGGAUAAAUUCUCAAUAUAAGACAGAAAGAUGUUUGAAGAGAAGGACAGCAAGACAGCCAGAAAUGUGACAAUAAUGCGAUGAAAAUGUGUAGAGAAAAUAAUAGAGAAUAAAUUACAGAAGAAUCUUAUCUUCUUUUCUAUUUUGCUUGUGUGACAGUGUAGAGCUGACAGUUGACGUGUGAGUCAGCGAAAGUCGGUGUUCACAAUGUGUCAAUGUAUUCACAGCAGCUCUCUCUCUCAGACACAGAGAGAGAGAGAGAGAGAGAGAGAGAGAACUGGCACAGCAGGAACUGGCAACGAGAGCAGACGGGUGUGACAUUCUUACUAUGAGUACCGUGAAAGACACACAUAUACUUUCUGUCUUUCACAGAUGCACACAUGAACACACACAGUUUAUUUCAUAAGGAGACAAACAGCUUUGCUAUGCUGUGUCGUAUCUGAGCUGUCUGGGAUAUGUGAUGCUAACGAAGGCUAACACAGUAUCAGACAGCCGCUCCACACAGAGUGAGUAUGUCAGAGAAACAGAAACUACAACAGCACUGUGAUAAAAACAGCCAAAUCAUAUGCCCCGUAGUCCUGGACUGUCAGCGCCAAAAUAUUACUUCACAUAGUCCGCUGCUUCACCAAGCUAUCUCUAGCUUUUUAUCUGGUGAGACAGAUGUGUCAGUCUCUCAAGUUUGCUUGAAAAAAAACUGGCAGCUCUGCAGUUAAUUAAAUUAAUGACUGAAAGAGUCAUUUCUCCACGUUUCACUGUCGCUUCACACAACCAAUAUCCUGGCUGUCAGCAAGUGUCAGCAAAACAACAAGUGUCAGGAAAACCUACAAAUAACUGUUGUGCUGAUUAUAUUUUAGAAGCAAACAAAUACUUAAAUACUCAAGUAAAAGUGUGAAUACAGCUUCAGACUUUUUGCCCAAGUUGAAUACAAAAGAUACAACAAUUGAAGACUGACUGGAGUGGAACCCCCUGUGGACUUCUGCUUUUGUAGCCCAAUCGCCUCAAGGUUUGAUAUUGUUGUGUGUUCUGAGAUGCUUUUCUGUUCACCACGGAUGUAAUGCGUGGUUAUUUGCAUUAUCAGCUUUGGCCAUUCUCUGACCUUUCUCAUAAACAAGGUGUUUCCGCCCACAGAACUGCAGAUCACUGGAUGUUUUUUGUUUUUUUGGACCAUUCUGUGUAAACUCUAGAGACUGUCCUGCAUGAAAAUUUCAGAAGAUCAGCAGUUUCUGAAAUAUUCAAACCAGCCCUUCUGGCUACAACAACCAUGCCACAGUCAAAAUCACUGAGAUCACAUUGUCUGAUGUUUGAUGUGAACAUUGAGUGAAGCUCGUGACAUGCGUGACAGCAAGCGCUGCUGCCAUGUGAUUGGCCGAUAGCAUAACUACAUGAAUGAGCAGUUGUACAGGUGUUCCUAAUAAAGUGGCCUGUAAGUGUAUUCAUGAUAUUUUAUUAACUCCUAAUUAUUGAGGUCAAAGUCUGAUUCUGCCAUAUUAUCACCGGAAGUAUCUCUGUCUAUUUUUAUCAUGCACUACUAAUGACUGUUUAUUUGAUUAAAGUUCACAUGGUAAGAGUUUUACGAUUACUGGAAACCUUGCAGAAAAACCUGGUGUUUAUUUCCGGAAAUAUUUUAUCUCUUCAUAAAACUUUAUGAUGGGAAUAACACUGGCAGUGGUACACAAAGACAGAUUUCAGUUUCAGAGUUUAGCUAUAAAACCCCACCUUCAGGUUCAAUCUUCAGAUGAAGAGCCCACAACCAGGCUGCUCAAGACAAGUCCUCUUACAAAGAAGUUAAGUAGGAUAUAGCAUUUCAUUCUGAGAUAAACAAGAAAUAAGAAGAUUUUGGUACUUCCCAACUAAUAGAGGGUGGAUAAUGACAGAAAGAAUGGCAGAGAGAGGAUCUUUCUCUGAAGCGGACCUCUCAUGUCCUGUGUGCCACCAUAUCUACAUGGAUCCUGUCAUGUUGUCUUGUAGUCAUAGCUUCUGUAAGGUUUGCUUGGCAAAAUGCUGGCAGAAGAAAAAAUCUCUUAAAUGUCCUUUGUGCAAGAAACGCUCUUCCAAAAUGUUGCCUCCGCCAAACUUGCACUUAAAAAUGUUGUGUGACAGAUUUCGUCUGGACAAAAACAAGUCAGAUGCAUCUGAGAAUUUGUGCAGGCUGCAUGAGGAGAACCUCAAGCUCUUCUGCCUCGAGGACAAAGAGCCGGUGUGUGUUGUGUGUCAAGCCUCAAAAAGGCACAGCAACCACAGUUUCAGACCACUGGAUGAGGUGGCACAAGAACACAGGGAGGAGGUUAAAUGUAAACUGAAACCCCUGCAAGACAAGUUUAAUUCGUUUCUAAAGGCAAAAAGGACUUGUGAUCUUAACUUACAACACAUUAAGAACCAGACUCAACACACAGAAAAGCGAAUUAAAGACGAGUUUGAGAAACUUCACCAAUUUCUACAAGAUGAAGAGACGAAGCAAAUAUCUGCACUGAAGAAGGAGGAGAAGGAGAAAAGCCAGAUGUUAAAUGAAAAAUUCAACUUAAUAAACAAUGAGAUUUUAAAGCUUUCAGACACUAUCAAAUCUAUCCUAGAUGAAUUAGCAACCAAGGACACGUCUUUUCUUAAGAACUACAAAGUUACUCUGGAAAGAACUGAGUAUGAGCCGAAGGAUACUGAAAUAGAGUCCGAAUCACUGAUUGAUGUGGCAAAGCAUCUGGGUAACCUGCGGUUUAGAGUGUGGGAGAAGAUGAAAGAAAUAGUUGAAUACUAUCCUGUGAUUCUAAACCCUAACACCGCACACCCGCGUCUCAAUCUGUCUGACGACCUGACUACGUUUGUGUGCCAAGAUCAGCAUGAGCAGCUACCUGAAAACCCAGAGAGAUUUGGACAUCAUUUGUGGGUCCUAGGCUCUGAGGGCUUUAACUCAGGGACUCACUGCUGGGAGAUCGAGGUGGAAAACAGUGUGGAAUGGACUCUAGGUGUUGUGACAGGCUAUGUAGGAAAAAGACAUUUCUACAGUGCAGGUGUAUGGAAAAGCCAUUACCAAAAUGCUACGUAUGGUGCCAGUGCCUCUGGAGGGUCUACAACCAUCCUCAAAUUGACGAAGGACCUGCAGAGGAUCAGAGUGCAGCUGGACUUGGACCACGGAUAUGUAUCAUUCUCAGACUCCAUCACCGGUCACAAUCUAAAAACCUUUUUCUGCAGUUUUACAGACAGAGUCUAUCCAUACUUCUGCAAUCAGUGUUUACUUUAUCCUCUGAGAAUUUUACCAGAGGAGACUUUUGUCAGUGUAGAACAGUCUGGUUGCAGUACAUAUAAACUUGCUUGUGAUAGCACGGACUCUUCUGCUUAGGUGUGUACAUGGUUGCAAGAGAGAGAAAGGGAAAAAACAAAGAAUGGCAGGCUAUUUACACAUUAGUAAACUUCUUGAUGCUUGGCAUUCAUUACAGUUUUUUCAUCCACUAGUCACAGGAAUAACAUUUUAUUGCUUAUCAUGUCAUGCCAGUUUAACAAUACAACUGCAGUGAAUUUAUACUUUUACGGAUGCAAUUUAAAUUGUAAAAAUCUUUUAAAAAUAAUACACAAAGUUGGUCUACCGAGCAUCGCGAUAGAAAAGCAUUUGCCCUAGCUUUCAAACUUGCGAUCUCCCUACAGCCAUCACUGGCUGGGAGUCAAGAGAGUAAAACUGGCCGUGCUGUCUGUGUGGGAGGGUUGGCAUACUCUCUCUCUCUCUCUGCCUUCUAUCAUAGCAACACUAGCGAAUCAUGGGCGUCUGUGAGCUCAUAUAUGCGGAAGAGAGUAGAUAGCUCUUACUUUCGAGUGUUUUACGCUGUCCUAUGACGCAACAUGACCAGUUUGAAAAUCCGCAGUUGGUUGCCUUUUCACGUGUCUCACAGGAAGCAUGUGUUAGCCGUCACCCUCCUAGCAGAGAGACAGUGGGUGGGAAUUGGCAAGAAAAUGGGGGAAAAAACCUACAAAUUUUCAUUUUAUUAUUUGGCCAUUUACAUUUGCAGUUAUUAAAAUUAUGUUUAAUUACAUUUGUUUAUUGUGACUAGGUGACAUCAUAUCAUACUCCCUCUGCAGCACAGAGUGUAAACACACGUGUAAUUACACAACCCACACUGGACAGUCUAAUGAAAAGGACGCUUAGAUCGAUCUCUGUUCACUGAGAGACAGAAAGACACUCGAGAGAGAUGGAGGAUACCACAUGGGAUGCUAAUGAGAAGGAUGCUUCCAUCGAUAUCCAUUCAGAAAGAGAGACUCAAGUGAGGUGGGAAUCACCACAUGGUGCUUUCUAUCAGGUACAGCAGGUUUUGCGGUGCUCAUUCUCUCACUCACUUUCUCAGGAGACAGCUGAAUCAUGCAGAGGAGCAAACUAAGUCAAAUAUGCUCUUACCCUAUUUGAGUAAUUUUGUGGUUUUCAUUCCAUUUCCACUGACUUUUCCCUAAUUGCUUCUCAAGAGAAUGUGGAUUCUAUGUGUUUGGAUGUAUUUCCUUUCAUUAUACAAUGCAAAACAAAUCUGAAGAACCUGAACUGCAUACUAAAUUGUAAAACAGUGUACAGUCAUAAUUAAGUGCAGGGCUACAAUGUUUUCUUGGUUUAUGAAAAAGAGAUUUUGUAAUGUAGCAGACAUUCAAUAAGGCAGAAAUCACUCGGCCAUAUCAUACAUCCUUUCUGUCCAAGACGACAAAUUACCUCUCAGAAAUCAUACUGCAAGCUGGUAGAGUGCUGGAUUUUUAAAGACAUGUUCAAUAAAAAAAAAAUUACUUCAUGUAGAAGUCUACUGUUACAUGUAUAUUGUUAUGGUGUACAGAAUGAUGUGUGUAUUAUAUAGGCUCGGUCAGUAGUGUGGGUGGAACUAAAGGAUCACACAAGGUUAAUUCCAUUAAGAUAAAUACAAAUGACGAGGAAAGCAAACUUGUUCACGGCCAGCGAUCACUUUCUAAGCCAAACCCAUUAAAUCAUUAACAGUCAUCCUGGAAGCUGGUAUACUAGAAAAAUGUGCUAAACGUGAUAUUAUCUCCUAUCACCAUUUGGAGAAUGGACUUCAGAUCUGUUAACAGCAGGCAAAAUGCACAUACGUAGGCAUCAAGUAACUAUUAAUGGAUAAUAAUGUUUUUUUCUCAAUACAAAUGGCCAUAAUGGGUUAAAAGGUAUCAUGUAGACACAUGGUUGGGAAUUGAACCCGAGCCGCAGUGGUGAG